AUGCGAUUAAGCUUCUUCUAUCAUAUCCUUUGGGGAUACAACAUUUCCUCCAUCAACUGGUACCACAGACUCGGCGACUGUUACUACUUCAAGUUUCAGAACUUCCAAAAAAUCAGGACGGCAAUGGUCCUGAUCGGCCUUAUCCAUAUCUUCCUGAUGUUUUACUUAGAUAUGAAGAGAGUUCUCUUCUUAAUCCAGGACUGGAAAUAAUGUAUUGGACUUCUUCAGUCUCUUCUUCGUGUUCAUCUACUCAGGAUUCCAGCGUACGAAGAUCCUUCUCGAAACCAAGCUUUAUUUCAUCCUUAAUGACCCUAAUGGGGAAUUCUGGAAUAAGAAAGUUGCUAAAGAGCAUGAGGAUGAUGUACAACCAUAUACAACCUGGAAACAAGUGGUGAUUUUGUAUGAAGUGGCCAUCACGAUCAAUUUAUUCCAUACAUACUUCUUCUGGGUGCAUUGGUAUUCAGAGAUAAUAGAGUAUUAUAAAAACAGGCAGCCACAAGAUGAAUUAAGCAUAUUGGUAAGAGUAUCAUUAGCACAUUCAAUUAAUUUGAUACCUCCAAUCAUGCUUGCAUUUGAUUUUAUGUUCUCAAAAGUGGUGUUUAACUACAGACAUUGGUUCCUACCUGCUUUGACGCUGAUAAUAUACAAAUGAGUCACUCUUGGUGGAGAGUAUGUGAUUGAAUAUGAAGAGAUGCCACAUAAUGAUAAUGAAAAGGCAGAUAAUAUCUAUUUCUUCCUUAUGGUAAUGUCAAUAAUCACAGGUUUGUACCUCUUCCUGGCUUUUGUGACUAAAAUUAAAUAUUGGAUCUUUAAGCCUAAUUUUCCACAAGAAGGGAAAUACAUGUUUAUUGACCGCUGAGUAAAGAAAGCCUUCUUUGAUGCCUUCGAUACUAAUUUCAAUGAUGAAAAUGCUGACAUCAGUUGUAGUGAAGAUGGAGUUGAGGUUAUAAGAGGAGAAACAGAGUUCAUCAAAGAAGCUUGCAAAAAUUAUGCUUUCCGAGAUUCUGGACUUGAGGAAAAUAUCCCAGAGCUAGCAUAUUCCAUCUCAAUUCGCCCGCCUACACCUCAGCCAGGUGAAUUUUUUAGAAAAUCAGAGAAGAACCUAUUAACCAGGAUUAAGGAAAAACUAUUUUUAAAAAAGGACAUCAAAACCCAUAUCGAAAUGGGAAAUAUAAGUUCGAGCAGUGAAGAAAAAUCAAUAAAACCCCAUCGCAAUUAACCCACAGAACUAACAUAUUCCCCUUUCAACUCCCUUUCCA